ACAUGGUUUUAUAAUAGAAUCGGAUACCAAUAACAACUUCGCUAUAUCUAGCUGUCUACGUUCGUUUUCGUUAUUUAGAGCCUACAAAAUUAAAUUAGACCAGACUUCUUGAGAUCUUCAACAAAUUAAAAACAAAUGGCAGAAAUCGACAGCUGUCUACCAUAUUUCGCUGAAGGGACAGUUGUUGCUGGUUUUGGGAGGGGAAGCAAAGAGCUAGGAAUACCAACAGCCAACUUCCCAGAAGAUGUGGUCAAACAUCUACCAGAGACUUUCAAAUGUGGUGUCUACUACGGUUUGGCCAAGCUGAAAAGCAGACCGGAUGUUUUUAAAAUGACAAUGAGUGUAGGGUGGAAUCCUUAUUACCACAACACAGUCAAAACUAUGGAAACCCACAUCCUACACAACUUUGAAGAAGAUUUCUAUGGUGAUCACUUGCAAGUGAUUGUUCUGGGUUAUAUUCGGGAUAUGUGUGACUUCAAAUCACUUGAUGCACUUAUAUCAGCUAUCCGUAAUGAUAUAACAGAAUCCACUACAAGAUUGGAUAACCCAGAACUCUUGGCUUUCAAAACACAUCCGUUUUUUUCAACAUCUCCAUUGACAGUUAAGAAGCCUGUUGAUUCAUCCAAGGUAAUCCACACAGAGGCUUGUGAUCCUGGGGUCACUCUCUUGCAGCGUGGGCCCAGUGUUGAUCUCGCUAAGACUAUACCCAACGGCUCCUUGAAUGGCAGCGCAGACUGCUGUGAGGAGAAGAAAAUUUGCAUCACAAAUCUGAAAGUGAAAAAUUCAGCAAGCUGCGAGGAUGAAGGCUCGUGUGGGCCUGACAGGGGGGCGGGGCUGGUUGGCAAGGGGAUGUCUGACAGCUUUUGUAAUGGACUGUCAGCUUUGUAAACACUGACUGUCGGCUUUGUGAAAACUAAUUUUGCCAACAAAAUUUGAGAAAGGUUGUGCUUAUUACAAAUAUAUUUCCAGAUUCAAUCCAACUGGAUGAAUUAAUGUAGGUGACACUUUUUAUUAAGACUAUGGAUACGAAGUGUUACUUCUACUUCUAGUCUGUCUGCUACAUUUUCUGUACACCAUGUGUAUUUUGAUAGUCAGUUUAGUCUUUGUGAUGCUCAAUUUAGAAACUUAUUUACAACACAAGAUAAAUUAAACAUUUUUACACACUUAAAAAUUUGUUUACAUUUUUUUUUAUAAUUUCAUUUUUUUUCUUCUACUCUUUUAUUUUCGCUAAUAAGGAGUUAAUUUAUUAGAAUUUAUUUUUAAUACAAUCACCUUCCAUUUCUAAUUUGUCACCACUGGCAUUUUUACACUAAAGUGGAACUUAAUUCAAGGACAGUUUUAAAGUGUAGACUUAAAUUUUUUUUUUUAAUAUAUCUCGCAACUUAGGAAGUUAGAGACCUAGACAAAUAUGGUAGUGCUAUGAUGUUUCAUAACUGUUUUCUUUGUUAUUUUUAGCAUAUCUUUAAAUUUUUUGCUCUUUAUGGCAACUUUUUUUGUUUUCCAAUUUUAAGUCAUAUGUAUCUAGACUUAUUAAUCCAACAUUCUCACCACCUACAGGUUUAGUAAAGUAGUUAUUGCACUAUUAAAUGUAUCAUUUUCAAAUUUAAGUAAAAUAUGAUGUCUUCAAGGAGAACAAAGCACACUAUAAAUUUUAAAUAACAGUUAGUUUUCAGUUUCAUUCAUAACACAGGGUUGUCUAAUGGCAAGCCUGUGUUGUAUUAUCAAGUACAAACUUU